GGCUGGAGAAGGACCGGGAGGAUGACCGGCCUGCUGGAGAGGGAGCGUUAGUGGGGCCCGGACAGGAUCGGGAAGCGUCCGAGAGACGGAUUGCAAGGCAGCAGCGAGCAUCGGUGCUGAUGGAGGGUGGCAGUGGGAAAGGAAGACGCUGAACAUCGAGGCCGAAGCCAGAGAGACGAAGGGUAGCCCAGAGGGGACGGGAGAACUUUGGGGACCACGGUGCCCCAGGACAGUGUCAGGGAGCGAGGACUGAAGGACUCCGGCUGCCGCCUUCCUGCGCACCGUGGGCCCGGGGACGUGCUGGGUCCAGCAGAGUUCUGACGUUCCUGUUCCUCAGACAAUGGAUGAACAGUCACAAGGGAUGCAAGGGCCACCUGUUCCUCAGUUCCAGCCACAGAAGGCCUUACGACCGGAUAUGGGCUAUAAUACAUUAGCCAACUUCCGAAUAGAAAAGAAAAUUGGUCGCGGGCAAUUUAGUGAAGUUUAUAGAGCGGCCUGUCUCUUGGAUGGAGUACCAGUAGCUUUAAAAAAAGUGCAGAUAUUUGAUUUAAUGGAUGCCAAAGCCCGUGCUGAUUGUAUCAAAGAAAUAGAUCUCCUUAAGCAAUUGAACCAUCCAAAUGUAAUUAAAUAUUAUGCAUCAUUCAUUGAAGAUAAUGAACUAAACAUAGUUUUGGAAUUAGCAGAUGCUGGUGAUCUCUCCAGAAUGAUAAAGCACUUUAAGAAGCAGAAGAGGCUAAUUCCUGAGAGAACCGUUUGGAAGUACUUCGUCCAGCUCUGCAGCGCCUUGGAACACAUGCACUCUCGGCGGGUCAUGCACAGAGAUAUAAAACCCGCUAAUGUGUUCAUUACAGCCACUGGGGUGGUCAAGCUUGGAGACCUUGGACUCGGCCGGUUCUUCAGCUCCAAAACCACAGCUGCACAUUCUCUAGUGGGUACGCCUUAUUACAUGUCUCCAGAGAGAAUACAUGAAAAUGGGUACAACUUCAAAUCUGACAUCUGGUCUCUUGGCUGUCUACUGUAUGAGUGUAAAAUACUUGAUGAAAUCACCUUUAAAGUGACCAGUAACUAUAUCAGUUUCAUUGGGAGCGUUUUACAGAUGGCUGCGUUGCAGAGUCCUUUCUACGGUGACAAAAUGAAUUUGUACUCGCUGUGUAAGAAGAUAGAGCAGUGUGACUACCCGCCUCUUCCUUCAGAUCACUACUCAGAGGAACUGCGACAGCUGGUCAACAUGUGCAUCAACCCAGACCCAGAGAAGCGGCCGGACGUCACCUACGUGUAUGACGUCGCCAAGAGGAUGCAUGCGAGCUCCGCCAGCAACUGAGCGUGGAGACCGUCACCAAGAGCGUAACCGAAAUAAUUUAAAGUAUUUUUGUGCAAAUCAUACCUCCCUGUUUUGGUCUGGGUGUUAAGAUUAGUGUUUCAGAGCUCAUGUGCUUUGGAUCCUUAACCAGUUUUCAUAUAAGCUUCAUUUUGUACCAAUUUAAGUCACCUUCUUGCAAAGCCCCAAGCGACUUUGUAACAAUCAAAUUGUGUGUUAGGAGAGUAAAUGGAACAUGAUGGGUUUUUAUUGGCUGAAGAUUUUUAGAAUUAUGGAGCGUUUUCUGGGGCUAAACUGCAUUCAGACCGACUCUCAGUGCCAAACACUGAAGGCGCAGCUUGGCACUCAGCAGCGACGCCCCCCUCAGCCUGAGCAAAAGUGUCUGAACCUGUGACGGCUUUCCAGUGGCGUGCGGACAUUCGAGAAGGAACAGAGUUGGGCACUUCUGUGAUUGUUUUAUUUUUAAAGGUUUGAAGUAUGUGUUUUAGUUCUUAGCAUUGUAGCUUUCAAAUAUAAUUCUUAAGAUAAAUGUCAACAUAGACUAUUUGAGAAACAUUUAAAACUCUUAGCUUAUACAUUCAAAAUGCAACUAUUAAAUGUGAAAAGAUUUGGGGACACAAUGUGAGUCAGACACUGAAGAGUUUUCCGCUUUAUUUUGUUUUCUUUUCAUAUCUUUGAUAUUCUCUUUGCAUUAAAAUGGUAUAAAUGAAUCCAUUUAAAAAGUGGUUAAGGAUUUGUUUGGCUGGUGUGAUAGUAAUUUUGAAGGUUGCACGUUGCCCAAAGCUUUUUUUGUGUUUUCAUUAUUGUUUGUACAUUUGAAAAAUAGUCUUUAAAUAAUCUUGCAGUACUAUAUUUCAAUUUCUUUAUGAAUUUAAAUGCUCUACUCAUAAUUAUACACUAGAGUGUAAGCAUAUAUUUUUAUUCAUAGAUUUUAUCGAAGUUCUGAUUGGUGCCCUUCAGAAAUUUUUUUAUAUUCUUCAAGUUGCUUUCUUAUUUAUAUUCUCUGUGUGUUUUAUCCAUGAAUGUUUUGGGUUUUCUGACAACAUAAUACCCUGAAAAAGUAUUGGGUAUGCCAGCACUCUUCCUGGAUUGAAAACCUUUUCUUAAACUGUGUGAAAUCCGGGCGCCCCGUGUACAUGUGCUGUGUCUUGUUGGAGAGGAAGACAGGAUGUGUGUUGUGCUGUGCUUGUGAAUGUUGAGACAGUUUCAAUUCAGUUGACCAGGUUGUAAUUUUAGAAUAUGUUUAAGAAAAUGAAAACUGGCCAUUACCACAGCCAGAAUUUGUAUGAGAUUAACAUUUCUGUUGAGGAGUUUUAAGCAAAGUCCUGCAUUCGUGCAUGAAGAUGACAGAGAUGGUGACGCUUCAUUUAGUGUGAGGAAGCGGGCAGAGUUCAGUAAAUGCCAUUGUGGGGGUGUUUUCCUGGACGCCCCGUGCUCAUGGUGACCAGUUCCUCACAGUGGCAGUCAUCAUUAAAGGACGCCAUGCCACCGCAGGACCCCGGGAUCCAUAACCUGCCAACGUGAAGACCUCACCUUCAGAGAACACCUACCUUUAGCUGAUAUUACUGCUGGCUUUGUUUUUCAUGUAAGUACUUUUCUUACAAUCAUUUGAAAUGCGUUCAAGUCAUUUGUUAACUUUAAAAAUGUGUGAAGGGCAAGAGUAUAAGCUCUGCCUUUUCCCGGAUUUAGUCAGCGAUGGUCUGUUAAUGGGCUAUGGUAUCUGAAGGGUAAUGGAUCUUGGGCGAGGCAAGGCAAGUGUGGCCGGCCCUUCUCCUGAGGGCCGGACGCGCCGUUUUCCCAGACCCAGCAUGUCCGCCGCGCACCUGAGCGUCCGUAGGUUUGUCUCCGGAUCCAGGAGGGGAAUGGCUUUUGUUGCCCGUCAGUGUCACAUUCAUUUUAGUGUCAGGAACUGGACUGAGAUGAAAUGUUCUCCAGUUGGAACCAAUACUCUUUUUCUUGCAAUCUUUAAAAAUACAUGGAUCUAAAAUUUGUUAGCUUAACCCCUUGUGGUGACCUGUAAGCAAAGGUUCACCUUUUCUUGUCAGUGACUCUUACCUGCUACAAGGAAAUAGCUGGGAAGAAUUUAAUGAUCAGGGAAAUCCAUUAUGAUUUUCAACAUGUGGAAACUUUUGGUUUGGGCUAGUGUAUCUUUUUUGAUCUAAGUGUUCAUAUUGUCCCUGAAGAAACCACUGUGUCAAAAGCAAAUUUUAAUUUUGAAUGGGAUCAUUUCAAAGAAUUAUGAAGAUGAUGAGAAGUUUUAAUUUUUAUAAUCACCUAUAAAAUGUUCCCUUUAUAUUUCUGUUUAUAAGUACAUUUUGUAUUGAUUAAGUAAAACAUUUGCAUGGAUUUAAGGAACAAUAAAAUGAAAGGUACAUCUGAUGCUAAACCUUACUGAGACGUUGGUGCCCGUUCCCCAGCGCAGAGUGUGGGGUGACUGAUUCGUAGGCUGAGGUUUAGGAAUGGUGGGUGAAGGGUAACCCUGUAUAAAUAAAGUGCUCAACAGUGUGCAAUGAUUGUAAAUUUACUAAGACAUUACAGCCAUCUCAUGAAUGCUGUACCGGUCUCCAUAGUUACCUGUUACAAAACACCUUUCUUGCAUCAAUAUACUUCAGGUGUUGCUGUUAACAUUUACAUGAUAUUUAUUUUAACCAAAAUGUUACUCAUAUUAAAUGUUUGUUUUUCUUUAAAAUGAAUGUAUUAUGUGUAUAACCCACAAAUGCAUAAUUAUCCUAUGCCUUAUAUUUCAAUAGUACUGUAAUAUGGACUUCUUUUGUGAAAUACUCUUAUUUUGUUAUGCUUCAGAUACACAUACUAAAAGUACUCUGAUGUUAGCUUUGAAAAUUGUAUAAUAUCCUAAUAUAAAUAAAAAUAUAAAAUUAAAAAAUGAGUACAAUAAAAUUGUUACGUAUCUGUGA